AAGCGGAAGCGGGGCCGCGCGGGCGGUGGCGGUGGCGGCGGCGAGGAUGCUGUCGCUGGACUUUCUGGACGAUGUGCGGCGCAUGAACAAGCGACAGCUGUACUACCAGGUGUUGAACUUCGGCAUGAUCGUGUCCUCCGCCCUCAUGAUCUGGAAAGGGCUAAUGGUGGUGACGGGCAGCGAGAGUCCCAUCGUGGUGGUGCUGAGUGGGAGUAUGGAGCCUGCCUUCCACAGAGGAGAUCUCCUGUUCCUCACAAACCGAAUUGAAGAUCCAAUCAGAGUGGGAGAAAUAGUUGUCUUUAGGAUAGAAGGAAGGGAAAUUCCUAUAGUCCAUCGUGUCCUGAAAAUCCAUGAGAAGCAAAACGGAGACAUCAAAUUUCUGACAAAAGGGGACAACAAUGCUGUGGAUGACAGAGGCCUCUACAAACAGGGGCAGCACUGGCUGGAGAAGAAGGAUGUUGUAGGACGAGCAAGAGGAUUUGUGCCCUAUAUUGGAAUAGUGACUAUCUUAAUGAACGAUUAUCCAAAAUUUAAGGUAAGAGCUCUUCUAUUUCCUGCCUGCUUUUCCCACCCCAGCUAUGAUUCCUUCACAAAAACACAGGCAGGACCCUGUGUCCUGCAUGUUUGCUGCUGUAGAUACCAGUGUGCACUCCUGUGUCUCCUCUGCUCUCUCUUCCAGUAUGCAGUCCUCUUUUUACUGGGUUUGUUUGUGCUGGUCCAUCGAGAGUAGUCCCUUGCACUGAACUACAAGGUGCCAUGGAUUUUCUAGAUGAACAUUGAAAGUAGCUGAUGGCCUGAUGUGCCAGGAGAAAGAAGAAAGCAUGCAUUUCAAAGCUUCUUGACAGUUUGGGUUUGUUUUGAUUUUUACUGCGUAAGGGUGAAUGUUUGUCACAGUAUUUCCAAUGGUUUGUCACAUUUUAGCCUUUUUAGUGAAUUUUUAUAUUAAAAAUUUGAGCCAAAAUGUUUAGUGCUUGUACUUUGAAGCUGAGCUUCCUCUCCAAGUGCCUCUGGGAUCGUGUCCUCAGUCUGGCCGGGCCAGUGCCCCCUCCCUUGUGCUCACUGACCUGUCCAAUGGUGAGUUGUUGCCAUGAUGGUUUUUUUUCCAAUUCAGAACUGGAAUAAAGAUUUUGCCUCUUGCCACGUUCUUUGUUAUUGCCCUAAAGAGAGCAGCCCCCUUGCCCAGGUUUUGGGGGACACCUGGGCUUUGCUGUUACACAUCCAUUCCUAGAGCCACCAUCUAACUUAUUCUCUCUUCACAGAGCAGUAGCAGCUGCUCCUUUCACCUCUUUUUGGAGAAUAAUCUGUCUUGAGCUGUUUAUCAUUCAAUAUUUCUGUGUUUUUGUAAAUCACACUGAAAUAAUCUGCCUAAAUGCUGCAAAGUGUUUGGGGUAGAAGAUGGCAAAGGAUUACUUUGUGCAUUGUGGCACUAGGUAACAGAAGGAUUGAGAUAGGAAAUACCCUCAGCUCUUUGACAGGGAUGAUUUAGCAGGAUGCAAUAAUAAAAAUUGCUUUGCUUUGGAGAAGGGUUUCAGAUGUCCUGUGAACUGGCCACAUCUCACAGCUCACCUGAGAGCUACAGACUGCUCUGGGGUCUGAAAUAAAAAACCCACUUGUCACCAUGUGCAGCAGCUGUUUUUUCUGAGCUUCUCAUUCAGGCUUGUGAUCCUGCUGGUGGAGAUGUUGUCAGGAAGAGCCCAGGGAAGAGGUGCAAGGCAGCAAUGCUGCAGUUUAUCAGCUCUUCUCCAUGACUGCUCCAGGAUUCCAGAGCAACAGGAAUCAUUGCAAAUUGUCACUGCAGCCACAUAUGCAGCUAGUAUAAAGCAAAAGCAGUCAGGAAAAGCAAGGACAAAAUCCACUGGGAUGUUUAUGGCUGUUUGCAGUUUAUUGCAUGUGUCUCUCAUUGGGUUUUUCAGGCCUCUCCCAUCUCUGGAGGUGAAUUGUGCCAUUUUGCUGGUUUUGAUGUUACCAGGUGCUUUGUUCCCU